GGGAAUUAAUGAGGAUUGUCACUGUGGCAGGAAGCAUUCCCACAUUUUUCCCAAUAGGAGAACUUUCAGCUGUUACGAAAUGAAGUUUCUGGUGAUUUUCUUCGCAGUUUUGGCGAUGGCUGCAGCUCAAAGUUACAAACCUGAAGAGUACCCACCACAACCAUAUUCCUUCAGUUACAAAGCUGAAGGUGACGAGGGGAGCAGCAGCCACGAGGAAAAUUCAGACGGUGCUGGAACUGUCCGGGGCUCCUACACAGUCACGGAUAUCGACGGAAGGAACAGGGUUGUCGAAUACAUUGCCGACGCUGCCGGAUUUCGGGCCACUGUCAGGACAAAUGAACCAGGAACUGACAAUGGCGCCCCAGCAAAUGUCAUCUUUGAGUCCACUGCUCCAGAUGCCAAAGGUCCAAUCAUACGAUAUUCUGGUGAAACGAAUGCUAUUAGCAGAGCUCCUGAGGCAACCGUAGUUAACACUGGCCGGCAAGGUCAAAAUGUUAGGUAUGUUCUAGUACCAAGCACAGACCCAAGAGCCAGAGGAUAUAACUAAUAAGGACAACUAAAGAUAUUAUGUGCUUACUAUAGCUGUCUGAAAAUACAACUUGGCCACACCUAAUCAUAUGAUGAUAUAUUUUUAUAGCUUUAAUGUAAUGUUUUUCGCCCAAAACUUUCGUCCCUUGUAUAACAAAUAUACUUUUCAUACAAUUUCUACAAACUUGAAAUUAGUUUCUCAAACAGGUAUACGAAAUUGUACACAAACAAUUUUUAGAGAAAAAAAAAAGAACAUUAUAUGAAUUAUGUUAAUUCAACUUUUUUUUUUUUUUUGUAAACUCAUGCAGAAAAGUUCUUCUUCUAAUGGCUACACAGAACUUGAUGACGAUUUUUACACCUCUUUUAAAUAUAUGUCUAAAUUGAUUCCUGAGCUGUUUGUAGUUAUAACAUAAUUUGCGCUCUUGAUUACCUAAGCUGCUGUAAAAAUGGCAUUUGCUUCUUAUGGAUAUUUUUGCAUGAUUAAAAAACCAAUAAGCUUUUUUUAAUUACAAAAAAAAAUGGUAAUGGGAAAGUAAACGCGUCAGGACGCAUGAAUAAGUUCUAAGUCAUAAAAUUUCGUGCUUUUCUUGUUUUUGCUGUUUAUUGUUUCAUAUUCUGCUGGCACUACUCAUAUAACGUUGUUUAAUAGUUGCAUACAUAAACUUAAUGAACUUCACUUAAAACACGUCCUCCGCCGUUAUUGCUUUUGAUUAGAUUAUACUUCCCACUAUUUUCAGUAUUUUAAAGACAAAUAAAAUUUUGAAACGUAUUCCCUAUUUUAAAGAAAUUCCAUAUGAGAUUCCUAUUCAGAGCUAUGCUGUUUAUCAAUUUUUAUUUAUUCACAAAUUGCAAGUUCAAAAUAAAAAUAUAUGUGUAAUAUUUCAUUGAAUAAAUUUUUUUUUGUAU